UUUAAUUUUGUGCUGACAGAACAGAUGAGGCGUUCAGUGGUAUCUGUCUGACUCUGGAGCUCAGUUUGUUCAACAAAGGCGAGAGAGCUAAAUAAUUUUCAACGAAAUCGGCGUUUAAACAUGACGAGACAGAGAUACUGAUUACAACUCCAGCAGAUAAUGAUUUGAAAAACCUGCACGACUCGCCAUGGCUAUAAGAGAGCUCAAAGUUUGCCUGUUAGGGGAUACCGGAGUGGGGAAAUCCAGCAUUGUUUGCCGCUUUGUCCAGGAUCGAUUUGACCACAACAUUAGCCCCACAAUUGGAGCAUCGUUCCUGACCAAGACAGUACCAUGUGGACAUGAACUACACAAGUUUCUAAUCUGGGACACUGCAGGACAGGAACGAUUUCACUCCUUGGCUCCUAUGUACUACAGAGGAUCUGCUGCUGCUGUCAUUGUCUAUGACAUAACUAAACUGGACUCUUUCCAGACACUGAAGAAGUGGGUGAAGGAGCUGAAGGAGCACGGUCCAGAAGACAUUGUUGUAGCUAUAGCAGGGAACAAGAACGAUCUAGGAGACAUCAGGGAAGUUCCGAUGAAGGAGGCUAAAGACUUUGCUGAAUCGAUCGCAGCCAUUUUCAUCGAGACUAGUGCCAGAAAUGCUGUUAACGUGGAGGAGCUCUUUCAGAAAAUCAGUAAACAGAUCCCACCCCUGGGAAACCCUGAGGUGGACAGCAACGAGUCGUUUAAACUCAGCCGACAGCCGACCUUGUCUUCUAGGAGAUGCUGCUAGUACGAACACCGGGGCAGAAAAGACCUCGCCCUCAGGAUCAGGGAGCCCACUCGCACAUCACACAGUCCACAAUGCACACAAUGUCUUACUCCUAUGAAAGUCACGUGGACGGACAGAUGGAGACGGAUGACAGUUUGCACAACUGUGUCACUUGCAGCAUGAACUAGAAGAUCUGCCUGUUGUGUCGUUUUAUCAGUCAGCAUGUUUUUUUAAUUAUUUUCCAGUUGUGGCAGUUUGAACAGCUACAGAGUUUGUGAAAUUUGUCUCCCUCAGAUGGUGUUUGUCUGAACUACAUCAAAAUUUCUACCAGGCUGGUCUCAUCCGAGGACCACUGUAAUCCAGCUGUAUUCAGUAAUUAAAUAAUUAAGCACUAAUUCUAAAUAACUCAUCUGAAGAAGAGGAUUUUUGUUCACGGACUUUGUAUAAAAUUAACAUUUAAAAAGACUCAGUAACUCAACACAUCAGAUGAACAUUCAGUGGUGUGGUUGUGUAACGCAAUGGCUUUACAUUCCAUGUUGUCAUGUGUUUUUGUUCACAGUUCUGUCAGUGUUAGAGAAUACAGCUGCGGAGUAAACACACUAGUAUUAAGACCCUGUUAACAUUCCCUAACCAGCCCAAGAAUUGUUUACAUAGUGUCUUUAAAAGAAAAAAAAAUUCUAAAAUGCUGUGAUGCACUGUCUGAGAUUUCACUACAGGGUAUAACUGUUUUUUAACUGUCAAGAACAAUGCAUACUUUACCUGAAAGAUGAAUUAUUCUGACAGGCUGAAUCUAGACCUGCGUUGUGUAUGUUAGCCAAACUUUUGCAGAACAGUGGCAAUAUUAUCCUAUAGUAGACCAAAAGACAAACGAACAGCUUGUAAAAUAAUGAAAAUUUGGUCUGUGUGUUUGUUGUUUUCCUGUUACCAUUAAGUGGCAUCGGUCUUGCUCACUAGUGAAAUUUAUAUCAGCACUUUUGCAUACCAUAACCACAGUAUUAGCAACGAGAUGCCUUUUUUUAAAUGCUGUAAUAAUGCUUUGCAUUGCACUGAAACCAUGUGUUCUGUAAGUCCAGCGUCCUUCUAAAUAUCAACAAUGCGUAGUGGAAACACAGAGUAGUUGUAAAUGCCGUAGUUUAUUAGACUUUCAAAGCAAACCUCCUUACACGUGUACACUUGUCCAUUCUUUAGUUUUAAAGGUUUUUUAUAGUACUAUAAAAGGCUUACUUUGUCUUCUGAUGGCUAACACGCAAAACCUCCUGUCUGCAGGACUACUGCAAGUCAAUGACUAACGACUGUGCCUCUUUCUAGCGUAUGUCUUAAGAAUGAUGUUACUUUUGUGCUGCAAACAUCACAUAGAAUAGCCAAAAAAACAGCAAAGUACAAUAUAUAUGACAAGAAUAGUGAGUAGAAGACAACUGUCAGACUACACCUCAUCUUGUAUUUUUUGUGACGAUGCACUAGUGCCUUUAUACAAAUCAAUGCUGUCUUGAAAAUAUUAACACCCUGUUAACCAUGAACUCCAUGUAAUUUGUUCAGACUAACUGUAUACUUAACAGUCAACUUCCAAUGUGUUGUUACCUGCAGUGUUCCUAGUGUUCUGUGUGCCUUAAUCCUACUUCCCUGCACCCUUACUAGAGAAUUUAACCUCUGUGUAUUAAUCAGUGUAAUAAAGUAAUAAUUAUUUUA